GUUUCGGGCAACUUAAAAAUAUCUUAUAGUAACACCACUUAAUUACUGAUACUGACCCCUAGCGGCAAUUUUGUGACAAAAAUACAUCGUGAAUGUGGCGUGUGUUGUUUGGUACUUCGUGAUUCGUAAAUAAAAUGCCUUCAAUAGUGUAGUAAUUAUUGUUGUUAGUGUAAUUCUUGAAAGUAAAACAAUUAUCUGUUUGGAAACCUUUUAUUGACGGCUCGAACUAUUGACUAAAAGUGUUAAUCGUUUGAUAUUUUAUCAUAUGUUGCACGCCUUUGGGGUCUCGUUCAAGACAAAAAAAUAAUCGGUAAUUCCGAUGCUAAAUUGAUAAUGCAAAAUAGACACAAGCAGUAUUCUGGCACGUUAUUGCGCUUUCUUGUGACAAUGCGGUGCCCUAUGUACAGUCAUAUUUUUUAAAUAAUUUUUACAAGUUUACAACAAACUUCAUAAUGGUUGUCAGAGCUGUACCAGAAUAAAGCAAAUAUGAGUCACAACUUGGCUGGAAUGCCCUCCUACAGGUUGCAGGGUCCUGGUCUGGGCCCCCCAGAUUUCAAACCACCCAUGGAUACACCCACACCUCCUGCACCUGCACCAAGUAAUCCCAAGAAGAGAAGAAAAACUUCAAAUGCCAACAAUGCCUUAACUACACAACAGACUCCACCUACAGUACAAGAUUUACUACCUCCUCCUUUGACAGGGUAUGGAGAUACAAUUGUUGCUUCUAACCCUUUUGAUGAUUCACCUUCAACUGUAUCACACAAUGGUCCCAUGAUGAGUCAAAAUGGACCCAUGAUGAAUCAAAAUGGCCCGAUGGGAAUGAUGGGACCUAUGCACAGUAUGGGAGGACCACCUAUGAGACACAUGAGUCCCUUACCCCACAAUAUAAGUCCUAUGAAUCAACAAAUGCCACCUAGAGGAGGAAUCAGCCCCAUGGGUAACAUGAGCCCCAUGGGUCAUAUGGGUGGUAUGUCACCUAUGGGUGGUCCUAACAUGGGAAUGAGUAAUCACAGUAUGGGGCCUGGUAUGGGAGGAUCAAGGUCUAUGGGGAGUCCUAUGAGCCCAAUGAACUCUAUGCCAAUGGGUUCUCCUAUGUCAACAGGACCAAUGGGAAGUCCAAUGAACAUGGGUUCAAUGGCUGGUAGUCAUAUGAGUAACAGCCCAAUGGGCCCACCAAUGCAUAGUCCAUUAGGAGCCGGAUCUAUGAAUGGUCCUAUGAAUGGGCCCAUGGGUGGCGGAGGACCAAGUAUGAAUGUUCCCCGGAUGAAUGGGCCAAUGGGACCGAAUUGUUCUAAUGGUAGUAUGGGCCCAAGCAAUUCUAUUAUGUCUCCAAGUACUAUGCAAAAUAGUGGAAUGGGGCCUGGACAUUGUGGACCAAUGAGACAUGGUAGUCCAAUGGGCUCAGGCAUUGGCGGUGGUCCUAUGGGUGUUAAUGGUCCAAUGAACUCAAUGGGACCUGGUCCGCCAUAUUCAAAUAGCCAUAUGGGGCAUGGUGGGCCUAUGGGAAUGAGUGGAAGUGGUUCAAUGGGAAUGGGUCCUGGCCCAGGAAAUAUGGGUAAUUGUGGACCUUUGGCGGGCAUGAGUGGAAUGGCAAUGGGAGGGCCAGGAAGUCAAGGACCCAUGGGGCAAGGAAUGGGUAUGUUUGGGCCUAAGCCAAUGCCAGUGAGUGCGGGGAAAGUGUAUCCACCAGAUCAACCGAUGGUUUUCAACCCACAGAAUCCGAAUGCACCCCCUAUAUAUCCUUGUGGUGUUUGUCACAAAGAAGUACACGAUAAUGAUCAGGCUAUUUUAUGUGAAUCUGGAUGCAAUUUUUGGUUUCACAGGGGGUGCACGGGUCUAACAGAGCCUGCUUUUCAGCUUUUGACAGCAGAAGUCUAUGCGGAGUGGGUUUGUGACAAGUGCCUGCACUCUAAAAACAUACCUCUUGUAAAAUUUAAGCCAUAGCGAUGCGCCCUACCUUCGCCUAUCCUGCCACACCAUUGAGUAUGCUCAUUGCCACUCAUCACAAGUAUUUAUUUCACUUCAUCUAGUUUGUUUUUAAAUGUUUAUUAAAAAUGAAAUGGAAAAAAAAUGAAAAUGAAUUAUAAGUUUUGGGUCCAUAUUCUAUUACAAUUUUUAAACUGUGAGAACUGCAACCAUUUUUAAAUUUGGUUUUAGCUAUUCCCAAGGUUUAAGAUUUUAGAAUUUUGGCCAUAGAAGGAUCUCAUUCUGGGUUUCUGGGUUUAAUUGUACCAACUUGGCAUUUUUACACGAUUACAGUCAUUACAAAUCGUGAAGUAUACACAACUUAUAUUACUUAGCGGUAAUAUAUGUUAAAUGAUACAUACUAAAAGCAAUCUUAUGUGAUCUUUCAUUAGGAAGUAAACUAAAUCUGAAUUAAGCAAUAUUAUGAAGACGCCAUCAUGUGCGCUUUAGUCUGUGCAUAGUGUACAUAUAGUCUAAGAUUCAACUUCCGCCUUAUAAAAAUUGUGACUAAGUGUACUUUCAACAAUUAUAACAGUUUGCUCAGCAAAUAGUAAAGCUCAAUUUUAGUUUGAAAGUACAUAUACUAGUAUGUCUAGUGGCAGCAGGUUUUAUUAUAGAUUUUAAUGAUGUGCUAAUACAAAUCCAACAUUUUUGUAGAAAAAUAGCUUAGGUCAAAUAUAAUAGUUACAUUUAAACGGAAAUGGUAUUCUCUUGUUAUAAAUAGCUGGUGCUAUUUAGUCUCAGAUUCAGGUCCACACUUGUUAAGUGUGCCUUUAGUUAUAUUAAAACAUACUAAAAAGCACACCACUAUUCUACAAAAUUUUUCUUUAUGCAGAAUUGCAUCUAGUGAAGAUUAGACCAUAGGGCUAGGGGUUUAAUACGUAAAGAGACCAAUUUAACUGACUUUAUCUAUCUCUUUAGAAAUUAAACAAACAACACUCGUGAAAAAAUAAAAUCUCUGCCCCUAGAUGUCAAAGCACAAACCAAAUCACACACAAUAUGAGCUUUAAAUUAAGUCACCUUAUAUAGAAUUUUUCACCAAUUAAUUUAACAGUUAUGUAUAUGAGCAAUUAACUUAAACUAAGACCCAUAGUCUAGACUGAGAGUUAAAGAUUAACCUGUAGGGCUAUACGCAAUUUCAGCUAUCUCAUGUGUUUGUCUGUAAUCAAAUGUUUUGGUUUUGUUUAGCUUAUUGACUUAUCAACAUAAGAAUAGAAGUCAUUUUCCAUGUAAACUAUAAAAUCCUUACAAUGAUUAUUCUAUUAUAGCCUUUUAUGGCCUAUAUGGAUAGUUGUCAACGAAUAGCCUCAUAGGUUGUAUUAAAGAUGGAUUUCUCUUGAUAAUGGGAAUAAUGUUUAAUUUUGGAAAAGAAAUUGGGGCUUGACUAUGUUUUGGAACUUGGGUCUUAAUUGUUGCAAAUGGAUUUUAAUUAAACAUACACUAUCAUGAAUUAUUUGACAAUGAACUUAAAAGGCUUUAUUAUUCAAGCGGAAAGAUUUCAGAUAAAAUUUGAAUUAAACAUUUCAACUAUAUUUCCAAUAAUUAUUUUAAUAGUUCUUGAUAGUUUGAUAUAUUAAGAUUAUCAUAUUUUGGCAUCUUUCCUAAUCAUUUAAUACUAUCUGUAUUUGUAAACAUACUUUAAGCUGAAUAUAGACUACUUUGCAAAUACAAAUGUGUAUUAAAAAUCAGUCUUUACCGACUAAAGCUUACAGUACGCUUAAAAAUAAGGCCACAAAGUCAAGAAAUGUCUGUGAAAUGUAUCAAAAUAAAUAACCCAGUGCUAGGCAAGUCAUGUACUUAUUAUUUGGUGCCCUUAUUUGCAUGUAAUAUUAGCGCGUUAAUGAAAUUGUACAUACUAUAAUGAAUCCAUACGCUUUCUUAAUUAUAGGGGUGUUAAAAUGUGUUUGUCAAUUUUUUAACUUUUGAAGAUUUUUUAAGGAUAAAUUGUAAAAUAAGUUGUGUAAAUAACAUAAUAGCGAGUAGAUAAUGAGAUUAUAUGAAUUCGAUUGACUUUGGGUACACGCGGCUGUGAAUUGUAAGUGCGUGGUGUACGCCGUCUUACCCUCUGAUGUCAAUCUCCGAAUCUUUCUAUUGUAUGUGAAUAAUGCCUUAUUUUAAGAUUAUUUAAUGUUUGAUAACCUUAUUGUGUAUUAAUGUUUUAAAUUGAGACAUUUCUUUUUAAUUAUCAAAACAGUUAGAACAUAAUAUGUUCUACCUUGUGCCAUUUCCUAUACUCCGAUAUUUAAACCAAGCAGCUAUCACUUAUUUGCGAAUAUUAAUUUAUUGAUAGGUUGUGAAAUUUAUUUACUACAUGGAUUUGAUGUUUCAGUUAUCUUUGACAUGUUCACCUCAGGUAAAGAGGAAGCAAGUUCUUUUAUGUUGUUCAUAUUUGUUUCAUGUACAUUUGGUCUGACACUCCCAUUAAAUAUUGGCUUUAUUUAACUGUAAUGAAAUACCGCAGUGUAACGUCACAUUUUGGCUUUAUUUCCAUAAUAAGUAUUGUUGAUUAUUCUCAUAGUCAACGCUCGUUUUAUGCAUUACAAAAUAUAGGAUGUAGCAUUAUCUUUAAUGAGAUUACAUGAUUAUUUUAUUUAUCAAAACCAUGACAUUAUUUUUAAUUGCGACUCACCUUUAUACAUAGGUAUUAUUAUAUACACUUUUAUACAAUUUCUUACCAUCUUCAUACUAUAAAUGUUUUACCUGUAAAAUUUAAUUGAAUUGGCCUGGUUUAACAUGAAUUUUAGUUUAUAAAAAUAAUUUUCGAAAAAAAUGGCCAUCACUUUAAAAAAUACUAGUAGUUGAAGUCGCCUAGUUUAGCUGCCGAAUUAAACUAAUGUAAAUAAUAUGAAUUAUGGAGCCACUUGUACAGUUAUAUUAUUCAGAUUUAUAUAUCUAGUGUAAUGUGGCCAUUAAUGUAAAAUUAUUAAAAUACGUGAGAGCAUCACAAUUAUUAUUUACGGGAGACUGCUGCUAUGUACAUUAAUUAUAUACUUAUGUUUAACUUUACAGUCGUCAUGUUGUGAUGAAAUAACACGUUGUAAUUCUGAAUAUUUUAUGAAGUCAAAAUAGAAUUAAGUCAGUGGUCUUAAACUUGUGCAUAGUUUAUUUUGUAUUAUGUGAAUAAUAACAAGCAAUAAUAAAAUUGUUA